CUUCACUAUCUCUUGCUCUGAUCACCGUAGAAGAAGAAGCACGGUUUCUUCCGCCUCCAUCCGCUGAUGCUUCUUCCUUUCUGCCCGCAAACCCCGAAGAGAACACGCGUUCACCUUCCUAGCUCAAGAUGCGUUACGUUGCUGCAUACCUGCUCGCUGCCCUUGGAGGCAAUGAAGCCCCUGAAUCCAAGGACAUCAAGAAGAUCCUGGAAAGUGUUGGCAUUGAGGCCGAUGACGCAUGCAUGACCAAGGUCAUCUCUGAACUCCAGGGAAAGAAUGUGAAUGAGGUGAUCGCAUCGGGUUACGGUAAACUGGCCAGCAUGCCAGCAGGUGGUGCCGUGGCUGUUGCCAGCUCUGCAGCUGCAGGUGGAGCCGCAGCCCCCGCUGCAGCUGCUGCUGAGGAGAAGGAAGAGAAGAAAGAGGAAUCUGAGGCGUCUGAUGACGACAUGGGAUUCGGCCUGUUCGACUAAACUUUUUCUAAACAUGAAUAAAGUUUAUAAAAAAACUCUUCUCUAAAAAUCUUUUAUUUGUUUUACA